AUGGAGUGUGUGGGCACGCGCAUCCCGUACGCCAAAUGGCGUCUGAGUGCGUUCCGACAAUUGCUAGCAACUUCACAUCAGGCAGCAAGUCGGGGCAUCUCGACCUCGCGACAAUCCGACCAACUCAAUGAAAUUACCUUGGAAACAAAGACAGGCAAUGCGAAUCCGAACUCCGCACUUCCUUCGCAGCGGCUCCCACAGUCUCCUUUAAUCACCCGCCCUCGUUCUGGGACGGAAAAGAAUCGCAAGAGGCGCCCCACGACACAGGAGGAAGCUGACCUGCUCAAGAACCCAUGGGCCUUAAUGCUGGCUUCGCCAGCACGCAUGUGCUCUGUAACUGGUGCACGGCUUCCAUCCGCCCUGCUGGGGACUUGGGGGCUUGUUAGACAGCCAAAUACAGACGAACUUUAUAUGAUGCCUGUGGGCCUGCUACAAGACUCGCUGCAAAGCAAUAAGGCCCAAAACCUCGGCUCAUCAUCAGGGCCAAUCAUUCCAGGCCAGUCUGAAAGCCCAGCGAUGGAGAUACGAAGUGGGGAAGGGGAUUCCUUGGACGCAUCACCAAUUCCAACGUCCCCAGAUAAGCAGACUGGACGCCAGCUCGUGCUUCGCAUUACUGAGCUUCUUCCACUUAUUCGAUCUAUCUCAGUGCCACUCUCCAAGAGGGGCGGGAAAAGACCAGCGAUUAUGCGGCUGUUGCCGUUCAGAUGGAAGCAUCCACAGGGCCCUGUGACGGCGCACGAAGAGAAAAGAAUCAUUUGGUCGGAGAACACGCCAGAAAUUAUGUUGCGGGGUAUGAGAGGUGUGGUGGUCAAGAAGCUGGGUGCUGUGCUCGAGAAAUACAAGCGCGUCGGCACGUCCAAUGGGGUCUGGAGGGCGCUGGAUCUAACCGAGUACUCGGAUGCUGCGCUGAAGGGAGCUCUGGGAAGUUUGGAGCGAUUCAAUCGCAUGGAAUGUGGCGGAAUCCUGCUUCUUGGUCCAAAGACUUCUGCGGCUGCCGGGAAUACGUCUCAAGUCAGUGCCUCUUUGGACUCGGUGACCCUCACGCAAACCGGGUCGAAAGUUCCUGUGUUUGACCUGACAGUGCUUUUUUCUGAGUCUGAUAUCAAAACUCUCCGUGAAUCUCACGGCCAGUGCCAACACACUGCACUGUUCUUCCGACCAGAGGAUCAGCUUGGUAUUGAUGCGAUGAUAUCCCUCUGGAAAAUCAAACGACUCCUUGAUAAUGUUGACCUGACAGAGCAAUGA